UGACAGCUUAUAAUCAAUUUAAAUAAUUAUAUCCGAUUUCCCCAGCCAUUUCAAAAGUUUCUUUGACUUAAAGAAUGCCGAUCAAAACGCCAGAAGAAACCGAGUAGAGAUUGUCUUAAAAACCUGGCCAACACUUGCACUUUAAGGAUGUACAGCUCGCGAUACUUUCUCUUGUUGUUUGUGACGGCAGCGCUGCCGAGGCUUUUUGGUAAGGGAACAAAUGUUAAGCAUAUGAUAUAAACAAGUUGAGCUUGAUUGAAACGCACGACAAGAAUUGAUGCUUCUAAAACUAGAUUGAACAUUAUUAACAUCGGGACCAGUGGUUCCCAAACUUUUUUUUGUUACUCUCACGUUUAGACUUUUCAUUUAGGAUUUAUGAGUACCCCUCGCCCCCCCCCCCCCCCCCCCCCCCCCCCACACACACACUUUAUCUCUUCUUUUUUUCCCCUUACCCUCACUCAUCCCUAAAACGGAUUUAAAAAAUGGAUUAGCUAAGUAAUGAAACGAAGCAGACAAAGCUAAUGACGUCAUAUCAUAGGCUUUUAUUUUCUCUUUUACAAGUUACUUCAGUAACCAUUUUUUAUUUUUUACUAAGUACUUAGCUAAAACGAAUCUCAAACAUAAACAUUUCAAUAUUCUAUUGUACCAUAAAAGGGGGAAACAAAUAUAUUAAAACUCUCAAUACCGUACUGUAAUACAACAAAACGGAGUUCUUGUUAUUAAUUUUAUUUGAAUUUUUUUUUGUUAUGAAUAAGAAUUGUUGUUAAUAGCUGCUAAAUAUUUAAAUUGAUAUUUUUUUUUCUUAGAUGAACGGCUGUAAUAAAACCUUUCUGCCGUUUUCCGCCAUUAUCAAUAAUAAAACUCUUGUGUACCCCAAGCGGUCCACAGGCUGGGAACCGUUGCUUUACACAACGACAAUGCCGGAUGCGUUUAUUUUACUUAGUGUGGGAUUUUAUAAAAUACCCGUUGAAUAAAGUCCGCACCGCAGGUAAAGGGCAGUUUCUAGCUAUGAAGUAGGCUAAACGAAUUUAAUUUGAAGCUCCCAAAGUUAUGAAAUGGUAGGCAAUUUUGUAAUUUCUGCAAAUCCCCUAAGUCCUAAUUAUCCUUGUGUCAUUCUUAACGUCUGCUGACAUGUGCUGCACGCAGGGUCGGAUUAAGACCCCCCCACCCCUCUCCCAAAUCAGGAACAAUAAGCACAUAAUAGGUUUUGGUUCCCUCCACUCCCUCCCCUCCCCACUUGCAUACAAUUAUUUUAAACGGUCCACAGAAUAAGUCUAUUAUACAACAUAUAUUUUUCUUCUGGUACUAUUUAAUUUCAAGGCCCAAGUCAAGGAAGACAACUUGUCCAGGUACUAAUUAAUUUCAAGGCCCUAGGCCAGGAAGGCAACUCGUGCAGGUACUAAUUAAUUUCAAGGCCCAGGGCCAGGAAGACAACUUAUCCAGGUGCUUAUUAAUUUCAAGGCCCAGGGCCAGGAAGACAACUUGUCCAGGUGCUUAUUCAUUUCAAGGCCCAAAAAUGAUCGUGGGCCCUUAAGAUAUAGAAGAAGAAGGAGAACUUGCCCAAGUCAAUAUUUUAUUCAGGUUUUAUUGUAAAAAUUAAAUAAAGAAUACAUUUAAAAAAAAAAAACCCCUUGAAAAUACGAAGGAAAGUCAUCGGUGUUUUAAAAAAGUAUUAUUAUGCCAAUACAUUCGCUUUGUUUGUCUUUAAAACAGUUUCCUUCAACUCUUUCUAUCUGCUAACUAUUUGAUCACAUCACCAGCAUGUAUUUCAUGUAAAAGAAUUGCCUCGUAACCUAAUUGCCGUAACAUGUUCUUUUGCACAUUUGUCAUUUGUCCUGUUGGGAUUUUCAAAGAGCUUAACCUGAAAAAAUGACAGUCUUAUUGGGCGGCUUGUGACCAUGGGUGGAUAAGCAAGCUUACUGGUUACGAAGCAAUCCUAUACAGGCCAUGUUAUAAUAAGCUAGCAUUUAUAUAGAUUAAUAUAUGUAAUAAUAUAUGUGUCUAAGGAACUGGCCUAACCUCCAAGAGAAAAAAAAAACCCAGUGUUUGUGAUUUCUCCUUGCGAAGUCUAUACACCAUCGUCACAUUUUUUAUGUACUGAUUUCUGAAAAGUUUUUUUUUUUUUUUUUCAUUUUAUGAUUUAUCAAGAGAAAAAAAAAACCCAGUGUUUGUGAUUUCUCCUUGCGAAGUCUAUACACCAUCGUCACAUUUUUUAUGUACUGAUUUCUGAAAAGUUUUUUUUUUUUUUUUACAUUGUAUGAUUUAAUAUAGCAUCAUUUAUGUGAACGUCCAAAAAUAAAUUAUGAUAAGCUUAAAUUCAUUUCUAAAAUUAUAAAUUCGAUUUAUUUCCUGCAGUGUCAGACGUUAACAUCACACUAACACCAGAUCACGUGGAUGAGGGGUAUACAGAAACGUUCACGGCCACUUGUUCCUCUUCUCUCACACUUGGAACAUUGGUCCGCCUGACGCUGUCCCGCGCCAACGAUUCGUCCGCGGCAUUCAAAGACUUGGCCUUUCUCAACGAAAUGUCGUCCAACCCUAGCGUCACAGCCCCAACCACGACUGAAAACUUCACCGCCACCGGAAAUUACAACUUGUCUGGUCCAUCACAAUUACAGGUUGAAUGGAAGCAUCCAACAGAAGUUCAGAAGGGGGUCUAUAAAUGUACGGCAGCCGGACUGGACAACUUAGGGCACAUCUACCAGGAAGACGACGCUAAAAUACUGGCGGUGGUGACGCAAGGGCCGAAUCAAAUUUUAGAUAAGAUCAAACAAAUGGAUGCGAUGCUCAAAAGUUUUGAUGCGAAGAUGGCCGAAAUGGAGAACAGAAUGUUCGAUCUGGUUACAAACGUAACCACGAUGUCUGACGAAAACAGAGCGAACACGGAGCAACUCGAUCACUUGAAGUCGAUGUUUUUCGUGGAUUCGAUUACUUUCAACAACUCGGAAUACUUCCUCUCGAGAGACAACUUCGGAAGCGCCAACGUCUCGGCCACCAUCUGCGCCAUCUAUGGAGGCUAUCUCGUGGAGUUUGACGGCCCCGACGAGUUUGAGGCGGUCAAGAACUUCAUUCAAAACUUCACCGAGUUUUAUUACGUCUACGUCGGUGGGAGUGACUUGAAACACAAAGAUCAGUGGACGUACGAGUCCACAGGUCAGAACAUGACGUGGUCAAACUGGUACCCCAGCGAACCCGACUCAGACCCCGCGGACGCCCACUGCAUUAAAAUCUACCAAAUCUUUGACUGGGAGAUGGUGGACACUGAAUGCUUCAGUCACGACAUUGAAUAUAGAUUUAUAUGCGAGGUUCCCCUGACGAAGGCACUGGCCGGCUAAGCGAAACUUUCGUUUGAACUACUUGGGGAAAAAUAAAAUCGUUUAUAAUGGAAGAGUAAUUCAAUAUUUUUAGAACUUUUCGAUUUGUUGCACAUUUGCCUUUUAACACAAUCUCUUGACAAAUAAUACUUAAAAAAACAACAAACAUGGAAGGCUUUAUAGUAUUAAAAUAUUACUUUUUUUUUAUAAAUGCACGUUUCAUUUGAAUUUCUAAACCCUUGCACAUUACAGACAUUUGAAAAGCUAUGAGCCUGAUCUAUGAUGGUGUAAUUAUAUUUAUUGAUCGCCGAUUACUGUAACAGUAUGAGUGACUGACGAUUAUUGUAGUGUGCAAUGAUUGAACUUCCUGCCCUGAUUGUCCUGUCUUGUUGUCCUGUUGUAGGACUGGAGGUGGCGAAUUGUUUUCAUGAAUGUUUAAACUUAAAUGUGGGACUAUUGGUUGGAGAAAUGGAGUGAGUGGUCAUGUGAUGUGGGGGUAUAAAAAGAAUGUAGAAUGGUGAAUAAAGGUUGGUUGUUACACAGACUA